CUAUACGCGCUCAGUUGCCGGGAACGCAAAUAGCACGUGUCUUGUAGCCGGCUGCUGCGCCUGCAGUUGAUUCACGUUUUUCCACACAGUUGAGUUGUAAGAUGGCGGCGCGGUGGGGAACAGGCGAGGAGAUGUUAAAAGCCUGUAAUACUCAAAUGUUCUCACCGGUGAACCUUGACGAGGUGGAGAUGCUUGAGGAAAGCUUCACUGCCAGUCUGGAGUAUCCUGGCCUUAGCAAUGGAGAUGCUCUGGAGGCUUUACAAAGCUGCCUCGAUCCUUCUAUUUUGUCCAUUUUUGAGGACAGCCCCACUGGAGAGGUUAAAAGUAAUAUUGAUGAGGAAAGUGAAGCGACGCUGCUCACAGCUCUGACUGAAAUACUUGACAAUGUUGAUGAUGAAAACCUGUCCCCUUUUGACACUCUACCAGAUUCAGAGCUCUUCUCAGGGCAGAAGGGUCAGGAACACUCACCGCUAAGAAAGUUCCUCACACGGCCUCCUCCAGAGUCAAUUCAUACAAGACAAUUUCCUGGGAAGAGUCUCCCACGAAUGCAGAGAGUAUCCCAACAGAACAGUGAAGGAGAAGAGGAGGAAGAAGGAGACACUAGUUUUUCAACCUCCCUAGCCAAUAUUGAUUUGUCAUCACUGGAUGAAUUUGACUGGGGCCUUCCUGUGUCUUUAGAGCAGGAUGGAGAGAGUAUGCCUGUUACUCUCAGUGAUUUAGUGAAACACAUGCACCCUUACUGCAUGACGUUAUGUUUGGAAGGAGAAGAGGGACAAGAGCAUCUUCUGCCUGAGAGAGGUCUUGUGCUAGAAGUGGUUGAUCAAGGAGAGCAUGGAGAGCCCAUCCUGGCAAUCCCCGAUCUCAGCAUCCCUCUGUCUCACACAGACUCCGCAGAAUGUGAACAAAGAGUACCAGAGACCAUAGACGAGCCAGAACCAAAGCCUGAAGACAGUGCUGAAAAAAUUCUACCUCCUUCUGAAGUAUCUCUUGUGGAGGAGGAGAAAGAGGUUGUUAAGGUACGUAAAGGGAAAAAGAAACACAAACGUAAAGUUGAAGCCCCUCUGGUUGAACAAAGAGUUUUGAGAAGCUCAAAAGAGCCACAGAAGAAACUCCAAGAAGAACAAAAGAAGAAAAAGGUAACUUUCUCACCUGUGCUCUCAUCGCCAGAGCCUGAAAAACCUAAACUUGAUCGUCCAACAGAGUUUACAACCCUUAAACCGCUAGUUGAAAAGGAGGAUAUCACAACCCCUCAAGCUGACGCAAAAAUCACUGACUCACAGCCAGAGAACAAACCUCUUGAAAAGUCUGUGGAGGAAGAGCCACCUUCAAAACAAGAGGCUGAACAGCCUGCUCCUUGUCAGCGUAAUGAAACCAAGCCUAAACCUCUCAGUUUACAGCAAUACCGUCUCCUCCGCCAGCAGAAGAAACCAGACCCGGUGGACAAAACAGAGGAUUACAGCACUAAAUGGCCCAAGUUGCCAGAACCGCCCAAAGAGCUUCCUCCAAUACCCUGCCUGCCAGAACCCAACCCCAGAGAUCCACGUAAAACCACGCAUACUCCUGUUAAAAAAGAUGUUGCACCUGAAGUCAUGCCUGCUUGGCACCCAAGAGGCCCCGCUGCUCCCCCAACACCUGAAGCCUUACUCAACCCACCGGCUUCACUGAUGGCUUCCUCAAAGAAACCUGCAACUUCUAAACCAACCCCUCCACCUUCAGAAACAUCUAAAAGUUCACCCCAAUCAGUCCACCCCUCUCCACAGAAACUAUCUGCACCCAGCAUGCCACAAAACACUAUUCCUACUGAGACCUCUGCCCUAAUCAGACAUGUGGCUGAGGUGCCUCCUCCUACAUCUGGAGGCUCUCAGGGUCUCAAUGCACAGAUUCAUAAGGAAUGUUUACAUGAGAACCUCAAUGCUGCUCCAGUGGCUCCAUCCAAAGCUCCCUCAAGGCCUCAGAUGAUCACUACACAAGUUCAGAGCUCUCAUAAACCUAGUGCUGCUGUGCCUGCAAAGAGCGAGCCCGAGCAGGUUGUUUUGGCCCCUGUGUCUGAUCAAGCCAAAAACACCCUGCCAACUAAUUCUAAAAAGCUGACCUCACGGUCACAGCCUCAUGUUGCACCAAUAGCUGCUCAGCCGUUUUUCUCGGCUCAAGUUCAGGCCAGAGUUGUUGAACUGGCAGAGCAGAUGAGGAUGGCUUCCUCUGAGAUUCCCAAACCGAAGAACACCACCGUUGAGCUGAUCGAGUCCUUCACAAGUGAAAUCGGCAUUGAAGCUGCUGAUCUUACAAGCCUCCUGGAGCAGUUUGAAGAGUCUCAGUCCAAAGAAGAGCAGAGUGUACCGGAGGUCUGUGGUAGAGCAGCCGCUGUAGGAAACUCCAGUUAUGAGCAGGUGGAGACUAAGGCCGUGGAGAAAACCCGUAACCAUGACCUGGGAAGCACAGCAGGUCUUACACCGCCUGCCACACCUCCACACCAGAUGUGGAAGCCUAUUGCGCCAGUUUCACUACUUGGGAAACCCAAGAAGUCAGAAGUCCUUAAACCAACUCCCAACAAGGCCAUUCAGAUAGAGGCGAGACCACUACCUUCAAACAAGUUGCGCAGCAAGCCUCAGACCCCUGCUACUGCUGGACAGUUUCAGCCUUUCUCCCUUGACCAUGACUACUGCCUCCCUCCAAAAGAUCUCCAUCAAAAUGAAAUUGGAAGUCGGUGGAAUGUCAAACAACAGCCUAGCAUUGUUAUUAAGACCGUUGAGCUGCCGCCCAACAAGCCAGUCCAGAACAGCAUCUCCAAAACUUCAUCAACUCCUUUAGUUACAGAAGAAACUCAGAGAAAUGUCAGCCUCACUCAUCCUUCUGCAGAUAGAAGGUGUGCAUUAAAUAGCUCUGCCUUGGUGACUCCAGACGCCUCUCCAAACAGGCCUGACUCUGAAAGCUCUUUACUGGAUGAAGCGAAAUGCAACCAGGAGAAAUCUGUGAACUACUCUGAACGCUCCUCCACACAGCACGAACAGGACAGAGGCCGCUUGAAACGAAGAUACAGAACCCGGUCCUCUAGCAGCUCAGAAUCCAGCUCUGAGUCCUCCUCCAGAUCACGUUCACCACCUAGGAAAAGAUACAGUUCUCGUCACUCAAGCAGCAGAUCCAGUUCAUCAUCUAGGUCUCGUUCCCGAUCCAGCUCCAGGUCAUUUUCCCCACCCCGCCGGCGACGGUAUUCAUAUUCAAGCUCACGCUCUGGUUCCUGGAGCCGCAGCCGCUCGCGAUCCAGAUCCCGCUCUUCUGAUUCACAUGGACACCACCAUUGGAAGAGUCAUAGAAGCCCUAAUCAGAGGUCUGGUUACCGGAAUUCACAAAAUUCCAGUGAGGAUGUAAAAAGACGCAAGGAGAAAGCAAUUGAGGAGCGGAGAGUUGUUUAUGUUGGACGGAUUCGUGGAAGCAUGACUCGUAAAGAGCUGAAGGAGCGUUUCUCAUUCUUCGGAGAGAUUGAGGAGUGUACUGUGCACUUUAGAGAAAAUGGGGACAACUAUGGCUUUGUUACAUACUACAGCAAGAAAGAUGCAUUUAAUGCUAUUGAAAAUGGAAGCAAGCUGAGGGAGCAGAAUGAACUUCCAUUUGACCUGUGCUUUGGAGGCAGGAGGCAGUUCUGCAAGACCAGUUAUGCUGAUCUUGAUUCAAACAGGGAGUACGAUCCUCAGCCUACAAAAGGCAAAUUUGAUGCACUAGACUUUGACACUUUACUCAAGCAAGCUCAGAGGAACCUGAAAAGGUAACGAUUAGUCAAGCCGCAGGAGAGAAGACCGAUUACCUCGGAGCAAAAUGCUGCCCCACACUUCCAGUGUUGCCUCUCAAUUACUGUUUUUGGUUGUUUUUGUUUGUUUUGUUUUUCUCUUUGUGUUUUUGUUUGUUUCUGCAAGUUUACACCUUCUAUUGAAGUGAAGAUUUGUAAGAAAAAUCGAAAGUGCAAAAAAAAAUCAUGAAAUAUAAUAACUGUGGAAUGAAAUAAUAGAAUUUUUUUAAAAGGAUUAAAUUUAUUUAAAUGUUUAAUCUGAAUUGCUGAAUGUUAGAUACAUUUUAAAAUGAAUUGAAUGGAAACAUUAUGUUGGGGAAAUCAGGUUUAUGAUGCUGAAUUUAUUUCAACCUAAAUAAACCUGACAUGAAAAUUG